AUGGCCGAUGUGGACGUCUCCGCCUUCGCCAGUGCCCAGCUCUCCUUGCUAGACGACGAGCUGCAGGCAGAACUGGCAGAGACGCAGCUCUUGACGUCCACUCUCGCGCCAGCCAAGCUCCAACGCGCCGGGCUCGCCGUCCUGAACUUGACUGUGUCGUCGCAGCGCACAGGCUUCGGCGGCAAGACUUUGCUGGAACUGGGCAUUGAUCCCGCCGUAGCUACCGAUGGCGAUGCGCUGCCCGAGCAUGGCCUGCGCGUCGGUGAUAUCUGCGCCGUCUCUGAGCAGCCCAAGGGCGCCGAGAAGAAGAAGGAACGAGAGGGCAUGGAGCAGAGGGGUGCCGAAGGGGUUGUCACGCGAACGAGCAAGACGGCCAUUACCAUUGCAUUGAACAAAGAGGACGCAGACGUGCCGUCUUAUGGCAAGCUCUGGCUUGUCAAGCUCGCCAACGAUGUGACAUGGAGACGUUUGAACCAGACCAUGGUGCGGUUGAUGCAAUCUACAGAGCACAGCCCGCUUACCCGAGUUCUUUUCGGUCAAGCACCUACACCUGUAUCUGCGAGCGCCUUGAAAGAAGAUCUUCGUUGGCACCACUCCACGCUGAAUGCCUCUCAGCAGGACGCCGUACGCUAUGCUCUGGCCUCUCGUGAAAUCGCUCUGAUUCACGGGCCUCCUGGAACCGGAAAGACCCUAACCGUAAUCGAGCUUAUCCUUCAGCUGCUUGACCAAAAACAGCGUGUAUUAGUGUGCGGGCCGAGCAAUAUCAGCGUGGACAAUAUCGUUGAGCGCCUAGCAUCGCGCAAGGUCUCAAUGGUAAGAUUGGGCCAUCCUGCACGACUGCUACCCGCUGUGCUCGCUCACAGCAUGGAAGUCAUAUCGCGGACCAGCGAUGCGGCUGCAAUUGUCGCUGAUAUCAGAUCUGAAAUGGACACGAAGCAGGCGUCAAUCCGUAAGACCAAGAGUGGGCGCGAACGUAAGCUGAUCUACGGUGAGAUGAAAGAGUUACGCAAGGAAUACAGAGACCGUGAAGGACGAGUCGUCAGCGAGAUUCUCAGAGGCUGUGAUGUUGUUCUGUCUACACUGCACGGUGCUGGCAGCCAUCAGCUGAAGAAUGAAAAGUUCGACGUGGUAAUCGUUGACGAAGCGUCCCAAGCUUUGGAAGCACAGUGCUGGAUUCCGAUUCUGGGGGUUAGACCGUCGAAACUCGUGCUCGCUGGUGAUCACCUUCAACUACCACCAACUAUCAAGUCAUUGAAUAGUGUCAAGAAAGGUACCGAACCCCGGAACAAGGAUGUCGGAAGAGUUGAAAAGGACAUUGCUGGCCUCAGCCUUGAAGAGCAGAAGGCAGGCGCAAGUGCCAAGAAGAAAGCCAGCAAGGAUGCGAUCACGCUGGAAAUCACCCUCUUUGAUCGUCUGCUCAAGCUGCACGGAGAUGACAUCAAGAGGAUGCUAACCACGCAGUACCGAAUGCAUGAAGCGAUCAUGAAUUUUCCAUCCGAGGCUAUGUAUGGCGGCCAUUUGGCGGCCGCUGAAGCAGUAAGGACUCGCUUACUCAAGGACCUUCCUUACGAAGUCAACGAGGUCGAAAACACGACUGAGCCAUUGGUCUUCUACGAUACUCAAGGCGGUGACUUUGUAGAGAAAACGGAGGACGAAGACAAUGCCAAAGGCAAAUCUAGCGUCCUUGCUGAGAGUAAAGUAAACGAGGCGGAGGCUCUCAUCGUUCGCGACCAUGUUAGCAGUCUGGUGACAGCAGGCGUGAAAGCCGAAGACAUUGCAGUGAUUACACCCUACAACGGUCAGCUCGCAAUGCUCUCUAGUAUGCUGAAGGAGCGCUUCCCUGGACUCGAACUGGGCAGUAUCGACGGAUUUCAGGGCAGAGAGAAAGAGGCUGUAGUGGUCAGUCUCGUCCGCAGUAAUCCGGAGCAUGAAGUUGGCUUUCUAAGUGAGAAGCGUCGGCUCAAUGUGGCAAUGACUCGACCAAAACGACAAUUGUGCGUGAUCGGAGAUUCAGAGACUAUCAGCAGAGGUUCACAGUAUUUGAAGGCGUGGAUGUCACAUCUCGAGGAGCAUGCCGAUUUGCGAUAUCCCGACCUUUCCGAUCUUUCGCAGCGCUGAAAUUGGGGGACAGGGAAGGGUUGGGCGUCGAAGUGCCGGCUAGUAAUACCACCAGGACACAAUGAAAUGUCGCUCAAGUCGAUCAUGCGCACGAGCACAGGAGCAGGACAGGUUAGUAGGACUAGGAGGUAGCGCCCCAAUCCGUUUCAUCAAGACCGCAACUGCAUAUGCAUCUAGGAG